GUAAAAGAAGGAUACGCGGAAGUGGUUGGCGAGUGCCUCACAUGUACACAUAUUUCACGAUAUGAUGGACUCUUUAAAUAAAAACGACGCCAAAAAUAGGGGUUUACAAGACACUAAGCCUGAUGCCCCAGAAGGGGAGGGCAAAGAGUUCUGUCCUGGUUACCAAGACGUCGAUGCUUUCGUUAAAUAUGGGUUGAGUUCAGUGUUGUUGGCCACCAAAGCAUCUGGCAGCUUGCCUCAAGCUGGCGAUGAAUUUGAUUUCUAUCGCAGCUUCCCCGGUUUCCAGGAAUUCUGUGAAGUUCAAGGGGAUCAGCUCUUGCUCUGCAUGAGUCAGAUCAUGCGGCAUCACAGCUGCCGUUCUCGCAUGAGAGACCGUGAUAAACUCACCGGGUUGGAGGAGCGGUUUGACUUGGUCGUGGACUCCAACGACGUUAUCCUGGAGAAAGUGGGGAAUCUUCUGGAUGAGGCCGAUGGCGUGAACAGGAGCCAGCAGCCCGUCAUGCCCGCAGGCUUUCAGCCUCCCAAGAUUGUCGUUUCCAGCUGGAAUCGCAAGGGUUCAGGCUCGGGAGGUCGCUCCGAGACGUUCAGACUGCUCCAAGCCAAGAAUAUCCCGAGGCCUCAGCUGAAAUUCAAGGAAAAAAUUGACAACAGCAAUACGCCGUUUAUUCCCAAGAUUUUCAUCAAGCCCAACGCGCUCAAACCACUUCCUUCAUAUUUCACCACGAAACAAAUCCGUAAAGAGAAGCCGGAAGAUCUGGAUGUCCCGCCAGCACUGGCUGACUUGAUUUACCAGCAGCGAACGCAAGAACACAUCGAAGACAUGUUUGUGCAUCCUUACCAGUUUGAAUUGGAUCGCCUGACAGUGCCUGAUAGCCUUCUGUCCAAGACGCAGCCUCAGAUGUACAAACCAAUAGAAGAAACAAACUGCUCUUUCGUUGAGACACUGGAGGAACUGGCGGCUCUGAAUGAGAAGCUCAUCGAGGUGUCUGAAUUCGCGGUGGACCUCGAGCACCAUUCAUACAGGAGCUUCCUGGGAGUCACCUGUCUGAUGCAGAUCUCCACCAGAGAGCAGGACUUCAUCAUUGACACCUUGGCGCUCCGCAGUGAGAUGUACAUCCUGAAUGAGGCCUUCACCAACCCAUUGAUAGUCAAAGUGUUUCACGGAGCAGACUCGGACAUCGAGUGGCUCCAGAGGGACUUCGGCUUGUAUGUGGUCAACUUGUUCGACACGCACCAGGCCAGUCGAGUGUUAAACCUGGCCCGACAUUCGCUCGACCACCUGCUCAAGCACUACUGCAGCGUGAAUUCAGAUAAACGCUAUCAGCUUGCCGAUUGGAGGAUCCGGCCCCUGCCAGACGAGAUGGCACUCUAUGCUCGCAGUGACACCCACUAUCUCCUUUACAUCUACGACCGUAUGAAGGCGCAGCUCUUGGACUUCAACCACGGCCAGACUGGUCUGCUGCAGAGUGUCUGGAACAAGAGCAAAGACGUUUCGCUGAAAAAAUAUGCCAAGCCAAUAUUCACAGAGGAAUCCUAUCUGGAGGUGCAGAGGAAGCAGAAAAGGUCUUUGAACACCCAACAGCUCACUGCCUUCAGACUACUCUACGCCUGGAGGGACAAGCUGGCUCGGCAGGAAGAUGAAAGCACCGGAUAUGUCUUGCCCACCCACAUGAUGAUCAAGAUAUCUGAGGAGCUGCCCAAAGAGCCUCAGGGCAUCAUUGCCUGCUGUAACCCCGUCCCCCCGCUGGUACGGCAGCAGGUCAAUGAGCUACAUUUGUUAGUGCAAGAGGCUCGAGAAAUGCCUCUCCUCAAGGCUGAAAUUGCAAUGCAAAAAAGAAAAGGACUCACGCCAGUAAAGAAGCCACAGGUUACGUUGUUUGGUCCUCACGAUACAUCCAGGGCCCCUGAGUGCACUGAACCUCACAUUUCUGCUGAUGAACUGCCUGUGAAACAAGGAGUGCUCUUCUCUGAUGAUGACCAUAAAUCCGCCGAUGUUGAGAAAACACGUGGUCUUGUGGCACCUGCCAAAAUUACAUUGUUUGAGGAGCCAGAAACAAAAGAAAUCCAACAGUCCCUUUCUAUGGCUCAAGUGAAAGCUCGGCGAAUUAUUGAAUCAUUUGAAAACCCUUUCAGAAUGUACUUGCCUUCCAGUGGUGUGCAUGUCAAUGAGAAUGCAAAGUUAGACCCUUCUUCAAAGAUAUUUGAGAUCAGUAAAAAAUGGAAACUGCGGAGUAUGGAACAGCAGCAGAGGGAGUUGGAGUCGGCAAAGAAAAGAAAGGAGGAAGCCAAACAACAAGCAAAGAAGGCAGCAGAAGAAAGACAGAAGGCUAAAGAAAGCUACCAAGAGUCUCUUCAGAAUGUGGCCACCGUGCGCCAGCAAGCCGCUGAAUGUGCAAAAGCAGAUGGAAAGAAACGCGAGAGGGUCUCCAGUGAGCCUGGAGAGUCGACUCCCAAGCCGAGUAAGAAACUGAAGUCUGCAGAGAAAAAAAAGCCCAAAGCUCCUCCUCAAGAGAGCUUCACGCCGUUUGACUACAGCCAGUCAGACCUCAAAGUAUUUUCCGAUGUGAAAUCAAAGGACAAGUCACAGUUUGAUCCAAACAGACAAUCCUAUGACCCUAAGAAAAAGAAAACAGCAGGUGGGAAAAAGAGUAAUCCAGGGGCUGGAAAUAGGAGUAUGUCAUACCUAGCUGGAACCUCAAACAGAGGAUUUCGCCACAACUGGCCCAAAAGAUAGAGACAGUAUUUAUUUUCAAGCGCUGGGAUUUUAUCUUGUUUUAUUUCAAAGAUGCAACCUUUAUUUUUUUUUCCAUCUAUGUGAACAGCAGUGCACAAUUAAAGAUG